UUUCCCUUGUUGAUAAAUAGUUAGUUCUAUAGCAUCCGAAGUGAAGAUAAAGUAGAUUUCUUGCCCAAAUAAACGGCAAAGCAGCCUUUUUUGCAACAGAAAUAACAAAGCCAUGCUGCUGAACUCUUCAUUUCUUCUCUCCAAUAUUUCUUUUCCAUAUACUCCUUCAUCUUGUCAUACAACUCAAGCUUUUCCCAGACAGAAGUCAACAUCCCAGUGCUGCUUAGCUGCCUCAUUACAAGAUAAAAGGGUUAGGGAACAGAAAGUAAAUAUAUUGCAAUAUGAGGACAAUAUGAAGCGCAGAUCUCUCCUGUUUUUUCUGAUUACAUCUGGCAUAUCUCCCGCUCUCCCCGCUUUUGGGAAAACAAAGAGCAAAAACCCGUAUGAUGAAAGACGGUUACUAGAGCAGAACAAACGGAUCCAGAGAGAAAAUAAUGCCCCUGAAGAGUUUCCCAGUUUCAUCAGAGAAGGUUUUGAAGUUAAAGUAGUAACUUCUGAUAACUAUGUAAAGCGUGAUUCAGGUCUUAUAGUGUGGGAUUUUGCUGUUGGUGAAGGUGAUUGCCCAAAGGAUGGUCAACAGGUGACAUUCCACUAUAUUGGUUAUAAUGAGUCUGGACGUCGUAUUGACAGCACAUACCUUCAAGGUAAACCUGCAAACAUUCGGAUGGGCACUAAAGCAUUGGUCCCAGGUUUUGAGGAAGGAAUUAGAGACAUGAGACCUGGGGGAAAAAGGAGAAUAAUCAUACCUCCAGAAUUAGGACCUCCGUUUCAAAGCUAGGAUAUUAUGUGCAUAGAUCACGGAAGUAUGAGAAGAAAAGCACUUCUCUGCAGAAGAUAAUUUGUUCUUUCAAGAAAUGUAUUAGAACAUUACAUUUAAGCAAAGUCACCUUCAGGCAGCAAUUGCAACUCCUUUGUGACUUGAGCAAAAUAUAGGUCGUCAACACCUUGAAAAUCACAUUUAGAGCCACGCUUAUGCAGUUGUAUUUCUUAAAACUAUGUAAAUUACUACUCUAUUGUAAAUUUUGAUUAUAGCUCCAAGUAAUAUACAGUCAAACCAUCAUUUGUUCCAAUAUUUUUUGGUUGUU